GUUGAGAAUUUGUCCUUCCAUGCACGUAAGCUUCUCUAUAUAAGCGAUGUCCAUGUUGCAAUAUCCAUUAAAUCCUCCUCCUCUUCUCAUCAUUUCAACAUGGAAAUCUACAGAAACUUCACAGUCUUUCUACUCCUCUCAUUCCUAACAUGCGCCUGUGGCGAAGAUCUCCUUUCUUGUCUAUCCUCUGGAGGAGUAGCAAACGUUUCCACCUACUGCAGCCCUAGUUAUCCUCAGCUCCUCAAUACAUCCACAAAGAACCUAAGAUUCACCAGGUCCAAUGUUUCUAAGCCAGUUACUAUCAUUUUCCCAACCAAUCAAAGCCAACUAUCAACAGCGAUCCGUUGUGCACGAGAGGGGUCAUGGACAAUCAGGGUCCGAUGUGGGGGCCACAGUUACGAGGGCUUGUCAUCCACUGCCAACACCCCUUUUGUGAUCAUAGACAUGAUGAACCUCAACCGGAUCACCGUCAACUUGACGAGUGAGACCGGUUGGGUCGAAGGUGGUGCGACGGUAGGCCAAGUUUACUAUGCGAUCGGCACAUCAAGUAAGAAGUAUGGAUUCUCAGCCGGCAUCUGCCCAACUGUGGGCAGUGGUGGCCACUUGAGUGGUGGUGGGUAUGGCGCCCUCACGAGGAAAUACGGGCUCGGUGCAGACAACAUAGUGGACGCAAUACUGAUCGAUGCUGAGGGUCGUAUACUGGACCGUGCAGCAAUGGGCGAAGAAAUCUUUUGGGCGAUCCGAGGUGGUGGAGGGGGUAGCUGGGGUGUGAUAGCCAGUUGGAAGAUCCGGUUACUCCCAGUGCCUGAAAAUGUCACAGCAUGCCGAGCCACGAGAGUCGGGACAACAAGUCAAGCCGCCAGGUUAUGGUACAAAUGGCAGAUGGUCGCACCGAGACUAGAGGAUGAGUUCUUCCUCAGUUUUGUAGCAGUCCCAAGAAAUGACACCAUUGGUAUAGCACAGACAUUUUUGGGAUUGUAUCUUGGGCCCAAAACAUCAGCCCUCAAUUCCAUAAGCAAUGCCUUCCCUGAAUUGAAUUUCACAACCCAAGAAUGUAGGGAAAUGACUUGGGUUGAAUCCGUUGUCUAUCUUUGGGGUGCACCAGAGGUGCCCACAGUAGAAGAUUUGAAGAAUAGGUCUUCCUUCCCAAAAACCUUCUCCAAGGUGAAAUAUGACUAUGUAAGAGUCCCAAUCCCAUUGGAAGUCAUCAACAGUACUUUGGACAUGAUUUCAAAGCAAAACAAAUCAUCCAUCCUAUUAGAUCCUUAUGGUGGGGCUGUAAAUAGGAUUAGGAGUGAUGCUAUUGCUUUCCCACAUAGAGGAAACCUCUAUGCCAUUGAGUAUUUCGUAGAUUGGCAAGCAGUUAAUGAUGGGAACAACGAUGAGUAUCUUGAAUGGAUUAGAAGGCUUUAUAAGUUCAUGGAACCCUAUGUUUCAAUGAAUCCUAGGGCUGUGUAUGUGAACAACCUGGAUCUUGAUCUUGGAGUUAUAGACUGGAGGAAGCCUGGCUUGAGUGGUCCUCUUGCUGUAGAGUUGGCUAGAGCUUGGGGUGAGAAGUAUUUUCUGGGGAACUAUGACAGGUUGGUUCGAGCCAAGACGGUGGCGGAUCCUUUCAAUGUGUUUAAGAACCCCCAGAGCAUUCCUCCUCUAACCCUGGCUGGGAUUGCUGGUGCUGAGAGUGGGAUGUAUGAUGUUUUGUAAGUGGUUGAGAAUACAACUCUCAACUCUCUUCUGCGUUUUAUUAUUUAUUUAUUUAUUUUCUUCUGUGUUGUAUUGCUUUUCGCUCUCCCAGUUAUAUAAUGUUGUUGCGUUUGUUCUUUGAUCCAUUUAUAAAUAAAUGUAACAGUGUUUGCUUGAUCAGCUA